UUUUUUGAAAAUUAAAAAUUUAUCAAAAAUUAUUAUGGCAAACUGAAGCUUUCUAAAUGCAGAAAUUGAUUAUGGUUAUAGGAUAUUUGUUUAUAAUUAGACUUCUCCCUUCUUGGAGUACACCUCAUGAUUUUUUAUACUCUAAGAAUAACUUCAGUAACUUCUGUAGGGGAGUGGAGAGUUUGUUUCUUUACUCUGUAGUAUUCAUUGAUUCACCCAGCUUUUAUAUUAAAUACAGCUCCUUCAUUCAUGUAGAAUCCAGCAGUAAUGUUUUCUUCAGAGAAUUCACUUCUCAAAUUUUGGACAAUUUCAGCACUGUCAAAUCCAUCAUUAUCGCACAUAAUUGUUAAAAAAGACCUCACAAAUCUAACAAAAGCCUAAGUAGCUAAAGCUUGCUUUUCCUUAGUUGUCUUAACAAUUUUUAAUUGUAUGAGGCAUGCUAAUUUUACAGUUUCCUCCUUCAUAGAAAACAAUAAGGUUGACGACAGCCUGAGUGAAUACUCAGAAGGCAUUAAGAAGUGAUAUUUCAGCUUCAUCAAGGACGAUAGCACCAUAUCUUCUGAGGAUAACAGAGCUAGCUUUGCCUUUACAUCCUGAGAAAUUUAUGAUCUUGUCUUCUCCGAUCAUCAUUUAGUCUACGAGUUAGCAAUAUCUGAGAGAGGUAUCUUCUGGGUUAUCAAAGAUAGAGAAAAUAAAGACUCCAAGGACUGAAGAGAGUCUCUUAGUUUCAUCAAAGUCAGCAUGCUAAAUGGCCACGACUCCCUUAUCAGCCAUGAGCUGUUCAGAGUAGUUGUACAUCAACUGUCUGUUGAUGAAGAUGUCUGGCUUGUGGGCCAGAAUUUUCUCAACCUUCUUCUUCAUCUUUCCUCUCAGGUUUUCCAAUUUCAGCUACUUUCUGUAUGUAUUCAGAUAUAACCUUUGGAGUGAAAAUUUAGAUUUUAUCGUGAUUAAUUGGAGUAUUAGCAAUCAAAAUCUUUGGGUUCUCCAUCCUCUUUAAGCAUCCAGUUGAGUUAGUCUUUAUCAAGAUAAAUCUUUCAGCUAUGAAGGAGUCGGCCAUUGUAUCUCCAGCUUUUUAGAUACUGAGUAAAAAUAGAUGAGUUUCACCAGUUUUUGGUAAAUUUUAAUGCUUAAAAACUCUGUAAUUUUAGUAAAAUUUUUAACAUUUAGCCAAUAAAAAUAUCCUCCCGAUAAUUUUGAUGUAGUCCAAAUUAUUGAUUCUCUUAAGUCAGAGAACUGUGUCAACUGCUAGCUGAACAAAUUUCUCUCUGUCAUCAGUCUGAAACGUGGAAGAGAGUGUUGUUCUAGCUAUGUUCGCAAGAUCUUCUCUGAACGAUUCAUCAUUCUCAUGUCUCUAAAAGAUUUCCUUGAGCUUAGUCAAAGCAGCAUCUUUGACAAAUCUUCAUCCAACGAUGGCAGUCUUAGGAUCGACUCUCAUUUGAGUUAAAUUCUUUGCUUCUCUAAGUAACUCUUCGUAAAUUCCCUGCAAUGGUGGUUGCACCGUCCCCUACUUCCUCUUCUUGAAUUUUAAAAUAUCAAUGAGAAUCCUAUCUGCUAUAUUAUCUACCAUAAUACUCUUGAGAAUGGUAGCUCCAUCAUUAGAUACAGAAAUAAUGUGAUGCUUGUUUUCAUUUAUAGAUUGAAAAAAUCUAUUCAUUCCCUUAGGUACAAGGGUGGCUUUCGAGAUAUCUGCUACAGCAAUAACUCCAAAAAUUGAUUACAUCCUAGCAAACUCAUCUUUGACUUCAGAGGCUUCAACCUUAAGGACAUUUAGAAGAAUGUUACCCACAGCAUCCAUAUUUCUUCCCAUCUUGAUUUGACAUUAAAGUUUGAAUUAUCAUCCAUAUUUCUCCUAGCAGAACUCGGAAGAUCUUCAUUUCAAAAAUUUA